AUGGUUUCAUCACCCGCACUCGGCUCCAGGACAUCCAACAUUCAAAUAUGUUUUUUGGGCAUUUGGUCCUUCUAUUCGCGCGUUUAUCUUUGCCAGCCUGUCAUCUCUGUGGACGGCACACACUUGAAAGGAGGGUACCGUGGUAAGCUGUUGGUUGCGGUAACCAAAAACGCCAACAACUACAUAAUGCCAGUGGCGUACGCGCUAGUUGACGAAGAGACGGUUCAUAGUUGGUGUUGGUUUUUCCAAAAUUUGAGAGAAUACGUCACCAAAGACUGUAACAGUAGAAUUUGUGUUCUAUCAGACCGUCAUGCCGGGAUAAUUAAUGCGAUGGAGAACCUUCUGGAUUGGAGGGAACCAAACGCCUACCACCGUUAUUGUCUUCGGCAUGUCAGAAGCAAUUUUAGUGGUAGGUUCAAGACCAAAUCUCUUAGGAAGCUGUGUUGGAUGAUCGGGAGCACAAGUCAUCGAAGAAAGUAUCUUUGGGCUGUGAGGGAAAUGCAGAUGUUAAAUCGGGGUGCUUGGAACUACCUGAACGACAUCGACAAAAGCAGGUGGACUAUUGUUCAUGACCGCGGAAACCGUCGUUGGGGUAACCUUACGACGAACAUAUCUGAGUCUAUGAAUAAUGUCUUACGGGAAGCAAGACUCUUGCCAGUAAAAGCCUUAAUUCAUUAUACGUUCACGAAGGACGUAUCAGAGUAUGCUCGCCACGCGCAGAUGGCCCACAGCUGCAAUACCCCUCUACCCCCUCGAAUUUGGUCCAGGUUUAACAAGUUGCAUUCCGUAGCCAUGCAACAUCAAGUGUCCGUCUACGAUGUCAGAGAAGGUCGUUACGCGGUGGUUUCAAGGGAAGAAACCAAUGAUGACGGUGGAAACGAGUACACCGUUGAAUACGGACGUAGCCGGUGCUCAUGCGGGAAAUGGCAAAUGCUUAGAUUCCCUUGUUCCCAUGCUAUCGCAGUUUGCGCUUGGAGGGGUGAGCAACCACAUGACGUUACCCACUCCAUAUUCCACACCACCACCUAUCAGGAACAGUAUAGUGGUCAUUUUUUCACCCUGGGAGACAAAGAUGAGUGGGAAGAAGCGGUCUGGACAAUUCAAGGGGACCCUUCGAGGGUCACAACACAUCGUGGCAGGGUUCGUUCAAGAAGAAUUCAAAACGAGAUGGAUGUUAACUACCACGAUGAACCCCAGGCACGUCGAUGUAGCAGAUGCGGAGAAACCGGGCACAACAGGAAGACCUGUGGCCGACGUUAA